AUGUUGAACAUUGAAGCCUUAUCAUGUGAUGUUGUGGCCGGUGACUUGGCGCAAUGCAUUGGCUAUCUGAAGAAAGGUGGACCGGUUCCUCCCGCUUGUUGCAAAGGAGUUGCGGCUCUCAAGAACGCUGCUAAAACCACUCAAGAUCGCCGAGAUGCUUGCAAUUGCUUGAAAAAAACCGCCGCCCAAGUAGGCGGUGUUAAUCCUGGCUUCGCAGCUUCUCUUCCUGGCAUUUGCAAGGUUAACAUUCCAUAUAAGAUUAGCACCUCCACUAACUGCGCAAGAGGGUUGCAUGAGAAUAAUGAAAUGGGUGCUUCUUCACUCUUGAUGGGUAGUCUCCACUUGAUCAGCGAGUCUCCUGUCCCGGUUAUCUAUGUCGUUGAAUUUCUAUUUGAUUUUUAG